CAGCGUUCCACAGGGUGCGCUUGAUAACAUCUCCUGGAUGUGCUGCUUGAGUGGCUACAAUAGAUGAGUUAAUGUCCUCUUCUGGCGAGAACACAGCAGCAGAGUGAAAGUAUCCUCUCAGGACAACCCGAAUGGACACUUAGUCUCCCAACAUUUGGGCAAGUUUCCACAAACUAGCAUGCUUGUUUGUAAUAAAAAAAAUGCACUUGUUUUUUUUAUCAGAAUACUUGAAUUAAUGAUCACAUAUGUGGAUAUAAAAGUGAAGAGAAGAGGGGGAGUCUGAGUAUUAGCGAAGGACACACCUCUCUGUUUGUAAAACUGCAGCAUGUUACAGCCUGUGAGGAAGGACACAAUCUCCUCUUUAAUGAACUAACAGACUCAAAGCGGGAAAGCAGCCGGAUAUUUCCGUCCAACGAAGAUCCACAACAAAACUCCCCAAUUAGAGGAUCAAAUCAUUUUAGAAUGUCAGCAUCCACAAAUGAGGAAGACAGUCCCGUGAGCAACGGCUACGCCACAGCCAUCGGCACCCUCAUCCUCACCCUGGUUUUCCUCCUGGGCGUCCCCGGUAACCUCUUCAUCGUCUGGAGCAUCCUGGCACGCACCCGUAAGCGCUCCGUCACCACCAUCCUCAUCCUCAACCUGGCCUGUGCGGAUGGCUUCAUCAUGGCCCUCACCAUCUUCUUCAUAAUCUACCUUGCCAAGCAGACGUGGAUCUUUGGACCCGUUAUGUGCAAAGGCCUCUUCUACUUGUGCAACGCCAACAUGUACGCCUCCAUCUUCCUGAUCACACUGAUGAGCGUACACAGGAUGGUGGCGGUGCUGUUUCCCCAGAAACUACACCUGAUAAGCAGAAAGGUCGUGACGAGGGUCAUCAUGGGCAUGUGGGUGCUGGUCAUGGUGAUUUCCAUCCCCUCACUGGUGUUUCGAGAACUGGAAAUUGAGCCGGAUUUUAGCGAGAAUAACUCACGGAUUGUGUGUUCACCCAAUCACACCUGGCCCACGCACGUCCGGUUUCAGUAUUCUUUAGAGACAGUUUCAGGAUUCAUCCUCCCGUAUGCAGUCAUCGUAACCUGCUACGUCCUCACCCUGAGACGCCUGCGGCAGACCCAGUUCCAGCGAAGGAUCCGUAGCGAAAAACUCAUCCUCGCUAUUGUCAUAACAUUUGGCAUAUUUUGGUUUCCAUACCAUGUAAUCAACAUGGUGCAGGUUGCAGCUGAGUGGUACAACAAGAAGUCAAAAACUAGAGAAACACUGGAGUUGAUUCAUGAGAACUGCCGAGCUGUGACCUCGACUUUCGCUUUUCUCAGCAGCUGUGCCAAUCCCAUCCUUUACACCUUCGCUGGAAAGUCCUACAUCAAGAAAAACGGCUUAGCCUUCAUGGCUAAGCUCUUUGACGGCACGGCGUCAUCGGACCAAUCAGCAAAUAAACAGAAUCGCACAGACAGUGCAGGAGAAAUGAACAAUGUCUUAUUAAACAACACCGCCACUACAUAAUGUACCAGUGGGCUAGAUUAGAGCAUUGAAUGGACCAUGAAUUGUAAAAUGUGCAAAGCUCCUUGUGGGAAAAACCAAGUUUCACAAAAGAACUUUUACUUUAAAAACCAUCAUAAAUGACUACAGGAUAAACUGACGAUAAACUUUAAUUUCAACGAUAAAGUUAAUGCAUCCUAUAUAAAAGUUUUACAAUGCUUGCUGGGACUACCAACAUAGUGUGAGGGAAAAUGACAAAAAUAAUGCUAUUUAGUGAUAAUUCAUGUAUUAGUAGUUUAAAAUGAAUGGUUGAAACUGCAGGAUGUUUUCAGUCCUGAUUGUUUUUGCACAUCUCAGAUUUUCAGGGAAUUAGCUCCAGAGCUAAGCAGCACAUAAACCAAAAACUGCUUCCCUCUUUAACAAUAUUUUGUUAAUUUAUGUAAAGCCACAGCAAUUGCCAGCUGAAAGCACUUUACAUGAAAAACAGGGACAGUUCUAAUUAAUCUAGUCACAUAGUCAGAAUAUUAUGUCAAAAAAUGUCUGGUUUAACCAAAUUUAGCUUUAGCUUUAUUAACAUAAAGCUAAAGUUUAAUCAGUAAUAUUUUUAUAACAAAUUUAUGUCAGAUCAUAAUUUUUGGUUAAUGUCAAGUUGUCAUAAAGACAUUUUAAAUAAUGUAAACUUUGUACUAAAAGUGUCAUGAUUUACCAAAUGACACUUUAUGACAACAGUUAUAAAUAUUCAUGAAGACUUACUCAUGUUCAUGACAGGUGUUAUGUCAUGUUUAUGACGGUGUUAUGACAGUCUUAUUCACAACCCGUCAAAUAAAGUGUUAACAAAAAUUAGUGAAAAAAAAAGGUUUACAUUGAAUCCCACAUUAGCUGCAACAAUCUCUAAACAUGGUAGCACUGAGACAACUAAGGCCGUUCAUAACAAUAUUGUUCAACAGAAGUGGGAAUAAAUUAGUAUUAUUCCUACUUAUGUAUUAAGGACAAAAACUGAAUGUUAUAGUUUCACAAGAGAAGACCUUGACAAGACAUGUCUAUUAUUAUACUUUUAAAAAGUUUACACUGACAAACUAAUAUUUAAAAAAUGUAAUUAAAUUAACAGUUUGACCAUUGUGUAAAAAAAAUUUAACUUACAGGCUGGUUUGUGAUUACCCUUUAAACUGUUUAAAUGGUCUUGUUUUGUAUAAAUUUGCUCUGUACAACCUCA